AUGGUCUCCCCCCUUUCUGUGUUCCAGGACACUCCCGCGGCUGCACUCAACACCGAGGAGAAACUUUUGGCAGCUUUCCAACGUGACUCGCAUCCUCACAGGGUCUGGCUCGCGGGGAGGGAAUAUGUAGGCGAGGAUGGUCGGCCCAUAGUGAGUCCUCUCAUCCGGAAGAUCAAACAGCAAAUUUCCACUGACCCCACCCUUAUCCCGGAGUACCCACCUCCAUUUGGCAUCCCAGAAUUCAGCAGCAGGGCAUUGCAGCUGGCCUUAGGCCGGGAUAGCCGUGCCAUCGUGGAGAACAGGGUUUUAGGUGUGCAGACGGUGGGCGGCUCUGGAGCGGUGCGUCUGGGAGCAGAGUUGCUGAAGCACUGUUGCUGCUUCAACGCUUCCUGGGCCGGCCACGUUCUCCUGUCUUCUCCAUGUGAUGAGUCGUUACCUGGUAUUUUCGAGGCAGCCGGCAUUGGGGCGGUGAAACACUACCGCUACUGGGACAGCAGGAGUCGCAAAGUGUGUGUGGACGAAAUGAUAGAGGACCUGGAGAAAGCUCCGGAACAAAGCCUGGUGCUCCUGUCUGCUUCAGGACACAAACCCACCGGAGCCCAUCUCUCACAGGACGAAUGGAAAAGUGUGACUGAAAUCCUAGAGAAACGUCGGCUUGUGCCUUUCUUCUUGCUGCCAGCUCAGGGUUUGUGCAGCGAUAUCGAUCAGGACUCCUGGGCACUGAGAUAUUGUGUAUCUUUGGGGAUGGAGCUACUGUGUGCUCAGUCUUUCUCCCACAACUUCAGCCUGUAUGGAGAGAGAGUGGGUCACCUCCUGUGUGUUCUGAAGGAGAACGCCACUCUAGUGGCUAUCCAAUCCCAAGCAGAGAAGAUCGUCCAAACACUCUGGUCCCGCCCACCAGCGGAAGGUGCCAGAGUGGUGACAACGGUGCUCAGCAACCCUGCACAUAUGGUGGAAUGGCAGGAAGGGCUAAAAGGUACAGUGGAGAGAUGCAUGCUGAUGAAGGAGUAUCUCAGAGAGAAGCUGAGGCUAUUAGGAAGCCCAUUCACAUGGGAGCACUUGACUAAGUCGGGAGGACUCUACUGUUGUAUCGGACUCUCUGUUCAGCAGGUGGAUUUUCUGGUGAAGCAGAGGCAUGUGUACCUGCUUCCAGAUGGCUGCUUCAAUGCGAGUGCCAUCAACAGCAGUAACCUCGAUUACGUGGCAGAAUCUCUUCAUCUGACUUUGACCAUUCAACUCUGAUCUUGGCUGACAUCACACAGUGGAGAUGGCUAUGUCUGAAAUGGACAUUGUGCUUCUGUGCUG